GCGUGCUAAAAUCUGCAGAGAAUCCAAAAAAAUGUUGGAAGUAAGCAAAAAAAUUGGGUAUGGUGUCGAACUCGUUGUACGAGGGAAAAUAAAGUGACCUCUCUCUGCUUCUCAGUUCUCAGUUCUCAGUUCUCAGUUCUCAGUUCUCCCUUUGGUUUAUAUGCCUUGUCCUUUCAAAACUCUCCAUUACAUUUACCACCAAACCAAUUUGUAAAGCUCUCGCGCGUCUACUUUACUUAAUUCCUACACUUCUUUUUCCACAUUUUCAAAUCACAUAGGAUAUCAUAGGAGUACUUCUAUAUCCAUUUUCUCUCUCUAAUACUCUACACUCUACACUCUACACUCUACUGUCACAACUAUUCUCUUUCUCUUACACAUAUACACUGUUCCAUUUCGUCUUCAUUUUCUCUCUCCAGAAGAAAAAGCAAAAAAGAACAACACCAUGAAAGAGAAGCUUGUAGUAGAAGUGAUAGGAGCACAUAACUUAAUGCCAAAAGAUGGUGAAGGUUCAUCAUCACCCUUCGUUGAAGUAGAGUUUGAGAAUCAACGCUUAAAAACUCAAGUCAAGUACAAAGAUUUAAACCCUGUUUGGAAUGAGAAGCUUAUUUUCCAUGUAAACGACGUCGCUGACUUACCUUACAGAACUUUAGAGGUUAAUGUUUUCAACGAGAAAAGCUCAAGUAACAGCAGAAAUUUCUUGGGAAAAGUCAGAAUUUCUGGGAUUAACAUUGCUAAACAAGGUGAAGAAAUGCCAACACUUUAUACUCUUGAUAAAAGGAGUUUGUUUUCUCAUAUUAGAGGUGAGAUUAGUUUGAAACUUUAUUAUGUCUCUACAAAACAAGUUGAUCACACUAAACAAGUGAUUACUUAUGCUAAUAAUAACAAUGCAAGUAACAAUAGUAAUAGUAUUAUUAUUGGUAAUGGUAAUUCCUCUACCACUGCUGUGGGUAAAGGGAAGAAGAAAGGUGGACAGAAUGCAGCUAAUUUGCAAGUAAUGGUGGAAAGUGGAAGCGGAGGCGGCGGUGAGUCUGCCAAGAAUGCAGGUGAGUUAUUGAAACCAGUUGUCAUCCAGAACCCGGGGAUGAUACCGGGUUCGGGUGGUGGAGGUGGGAGGGGUGUAAUGGGGAUAUACCCACAUGGACAUGUACAUGGACAUGGACAUGGGUCAAAUGAGUUUUCACUGAAGGAGACAAGUCCACAUCUUGGGGGUAAGGGUGGUGGACAAAGUAAAGAUAAAACAAGUUCAACUUAUGAUCUUGUGGAGCAAAUGCAGUAUUUGUAUGUGAGGGUUGUGAAAGCAAGAGAUUUGUUAGCUUUUGGGGGAGGAGAAGUUAUUGCUGAGGUUAAAUUAGGGAAUUAUAAAGGGGUAACAAAGAGGGUUAGUUUUAAUCAUGCAGAAUGGGAUCAAGUGUUUGCAUUUUCUAAGGAUUGUAUUCAGUCAUCAAUGGUGGAAGUGUUUGUUAAGGAGAGGGAAAAAGAUGAGUUUAUAGGGAGGGUUUGGUUUGAUAUGAAUGAAGUUCCUAAGAGGGUUCCACCUGAUAGUCAGCUUGCACCUCAAUGGCAUAGAAUGGAGGAUAAAAGAGGGGAUAAGUCAAAGUCAGGGGAAGUUAUGGUUUCUAUUUGGUUUGGGACUCAAGCUGAUGAAGCAUUUGCUGAAGCAUGGCAUUCUAAAGCAGCUAAUGUUCAUCUUGAUGGACUUUGUUCAAUGAAAUCGAAAAUUUAUCUUUCUCCUAAGUUGUGGUAUUUAAGGGUUAGUGUUAUUGAGGCACAUGAUCUUGUGUUAGGUGAAAAGGGUUCGUCUUUGAUGAGGUAUCCUGAGUUUUAUGUAAAGGUUCAGGUUGGGAAUCAGGUGUUGAGAACUAAGGUAUCGAAUGCUGGUACAACCAGGGCGAUUUCGAACCCCUUUUGGAAUGAAGACUUGAUCUUUGUUGUUCCUGAGCCUUUUGAGGAUUACUUGUUGAUAUCGGUGGAGGACCGGCUAAUGCCAGGGCGUGAGGAGGUUGUGGGACGUUUGCUUCUACCGUUGGCUGCCAUUGAGAGGCGGUGGGAUGAUAAGACUGUACCUUCGAAGUGGUUCCACAUUGACAAUCAUAUUCAUAACCCUGCCUUUAGUAACCCUUCUGAUCCUUCCAAGAACCGGUUUGGGUCCCGGAUUCAUAUUCGGGCAUCGAUGGAUGGAGGGUAUCAUGUUCUGGAUGAGGCUACAAUGUAUAGCAGUGACCUUCGGCCUACUGCAAAGCAGCUUUGGAAGCCUCACAUUGGUGUUCUUGAGAUGGGUAUUUUAGGGGCAACAGGGCUUAUGCCAAUGAAGAUUAGGGAAGGUAAAGGGGGAACGACAGAUGCUUAUUGUGUGGCUAAAUAUGGUCAGAAAUGGGUUCGAACACGAACUGUGGUAGAUUCACUUUCACCUAAAUGGAACGAGCAGUACACUUGGGAAGUGUUUGAUCCUUGCACUGUGAUAACGGUGGGCGUGUUUGACAACUGCAGGAUUGAUAAGAACAUUGCUGCUGCAACAGGAGCAAGGGAUUCGCGUAUUGGAAAGGUUCGAAUUAGGCUUUCAACCCUUGAGACUGAUAGAGUUUAUACACAUUCUUAUCCUCUUCUGGUGCUGCAUGCUUCUGGUGUGAAGAAAACGGGAGAGCUUCACUUGGCUGUGAGAUUUUCGUGUGAAAAUGUGGGAAAUAUGCUUCAUACAUAUGCAAUGCCCUUACUCCCUAAGAUGCAUUAUGUGCAUCCUUUAUCAGUGAACCAGCUAGAGAGUCUCCGAUACCAAGCCAUGCAUGUUGUAACUGCUCGAUUUAGCCGAGCAGAACCCUCUUUGGGCCGAGAGGUGGUGGAAUACAUGCUUGACCAUGACUCACACAUGUGGAGUAUGAGGAAGAGCAAGGCCAAUUUCUUUAGGCUAAUGAACGUGCUUUCAGGCUUUAUUGGGCUGGCUCAUUGGGCUGAAGCAAUUCGCGCUUGGCAAAGGCCAGUUUACUCAUCAUUGUUUGUGGUGGUGUUCCUGUUGUUGGUCACAUUUCCUGAGCUCAUUAUCCCUACAAUGCUUAUUUACAUGGCACUGAUAGGGAUAUGGAGGUACAGGUCAAGGCCGCGGCAUCCUCCUCAUAUGGACACGAGGCUUUCCCAUGCAGAAAACGUGUUCCCUGAUGAGCUGGACGAAGAGUUUGACUCUUUCCCUUCAAUCAGGAGCUCGGAACUGGUGAGGAUGAGGUAUGACAGGCUUCGUAGCAUGGCAGGGAGGAUACAGACUGUGGUGGGAGAUAUGGCAACUCAAGGAGAAAGAUUUCAAGCAUUAUUGAGUUGGAGGGAUCCAAGGGCCACUUUCUUGUUUGUGAUAUUAUGCUUGUUUGCUGCCAUUGGGUUCUAUGUGGUUCCAAUGAAGGUGGUGGUGGCAUUAUGGGGAAUUUAUUAUCUGAGGCCACCGAGGUUCAGGAGCAAGUUACCUGCGCAGGUUUUCAGUUUCUUCAGAAGGCUGCCUUCCAAGGCAGAUAGCUUGUUGUGAGAAAGAUCUGGCUAGGUGAUGAACUAAUGAUGUUAAAUUAUUUUGUAAUGUUUUUGGCUUUUAUAUUACGGAAUCUCAAUUAGGAUGUUUGUUAUAUAGCUUGGUUCAGGUGAUGGUAGAAACUAACUAUUAUUGAUCUUUUGUAUUUUGGCAGUGCUUAGAAAUGGUUGUGGCCUUGUGGGCGGUGGUGGCGGCUUUUGUUAGAUGUACUGAUGUACUAAUUGCCUAAUAUUAUGUGUAAUUAUUAGUAUCAUUAUGCUUCAA